CAGAAAGGACGUGCCGAGAUGUGUUUCUAGUGCUAAACUUCCGACAGACAACAGUGUUAUUAAAUAUUGACUCUAUUAACUGUAUCGACGGUAGUAACAGUGAACUCCUAUUAGUGAACAGUACAUAGACAUUCGGUGGUUACACGCUUAGGUAUUACCAUUUUUUUUUAUUCGACGAAAAUUCACCACUCAUUUGCAUCUCCAAUGCCUGCCAUGCAUCCGGAUAAUGGGGUUAUCUUCUCAACAUCUCCAAAUGUUAUUAACCAGCGUAUAAUGGUUGCCGAAUUGAUGGGUCGCGGUCAGAGUGGGUCUCCUGUUAAUGGUGAAAUCCCUCACUUGAACUCAAGUAUGCCGGCUAGUCACGGCCACGAAAGCAUGAUGACAUCGUCGAAUCCUUCCCCGAACGGCGAUGGCUUUCAGAAUUACGGCAUGGCGUCACAAAUAAAACACAAAGAGCUCUUCAGUCAACGGAAGCAACGGGAGUUUAUCCCUGAUAGCAAGAAGGACGACAGUUACUGGGACAGGAGGCGACGUAACAAUGAAGCGGCCAAAAGAUCUCGCGAGAAAAGACGGUUUAACGAUAUGGUACUGGAACAACGAGUAGUUGAACUUACCAAAGAAAAUGCUAUUCUCAAGGCCCAGUUGGAGGCAAUACGGGAAGAAUUUGGAAUUUGCGGAGAGAACAUAGUCUGUUUAGAAAAAGUAAUGGCUAGCUUACCAACAAACGAACAAGUUCUCAGCAUAACAAAAAGACAGAAAUUGACCACUCCACCUGCGAUGCUUUUCAGUCGGCCGAAUCCCAGCCCAAUUCCCACAUCUGUGAUACAUCAGCCGGUCUUGGGCCCGUCGCCUCCACCACAAAUCCCUACGCACACAGUCCUCCACCAUCCUCCCCACCAUGAACCAUCGUACAGGGAUCACACAGAAUACAAUAUGUGCAACUUCCCGCCGUACCACACCUCACCUACUCAUUGUGACAACAGCAACAGUGCUUUAAAUCUCUCGAGGUCCCGAUCAAGAGCCCAAUCCCCUUACGAAGUGUCCAGUAAUUCCGGAGACGAAAGUGCGCCGAUUGCAUUAACAACGACCGAGGCUAACAACAGUCUCCCUUUAAAACUUAGGCACAAGUCUCAUUUGGGAGACAAAGAUGCGGCGAAUGCUCUACUUUCGUUGCAGCACAUUAAACAAGAGCCCAGUUCUAGGGCAAGCCCCCCUUGGGAUGCCGAGGGCUCCAGCGACGAAAGAGAUUCCGGUAUAUCGCUAGGGGGCGAAUGGUCUGCAUCCCAAGCUGCAGUUACUUUACAAAAUCUACAGAAACAGUCUCAAGCGGUGCUUCAGGAAGCGAACGAUGGAGAUGCUGAUGCCAAAAAUCGUUUGCAUUCGGAAAUAGUGCGUUUAUCGUCAGAAGUAGCACACUUGAAAUCAAUUAUGAUUAGGAACAAAGAAGGAAAGGAAUCGUCGCCUACGAAACGCUAAAGUUGGCGACGUCGUGUGAUCUUGUGAUUAUGGAAAAAGCUGUUAAGUUUUUUGUAUUAUAUUUGACUGACCAAAACGGAUGAGAUGUGUCGCCACGAUAUUUGUUAGUUAUUAGUUAUUUAUUGUGUGGACUGUGAAAAUUAAAAGAACGAAAGAAAGGAUUGUAUUUUUAUCGAUUCAGAAAAAGUCUUUGUAUUAUUUGUGUGUCACUAAUUUAACCGAUGUGCUUGAAUAUUUGCCAACAUAUUGCUUUAAUCAUUUUCGUUUUUUUUUUUACUUCCAUUGAUCCUACAGUAUGGUGCAAUGUAAUUUGGUCGCUUUAUUUUUUAUGUUAUUACGCAGCUGUUCCAGACGAUAAUAUGAUUGCAUUUUCGAUUACUUUUCACUAUUCGUACUAUAUUAUUAACUACCUUUACAUAUUUAUUAUUAAAAAAACCGACGUGUGAUUGUUAACUAUUUAUCAUAUGUAGAAUUAUUUAUACUUAGAAUUUUAUGUAAGACGUUGAGCAGUGAACACCGACAAUCGGCGAAAAUGUUUGCGAUUGCGUUUCUCGGUCUCAAAUUUAAUUUAAACUAUCUAAAAGCGAUACACUACACGAAAAUGUCUUUAUUUUCAUAUUACCGGAAUAUGUAUCCUAUAUACUACUAUAUGUAUGUACGAAAUAAAGGAAGAAUUUUUCUGUAAAAAA